CCGGCCAAGGCCAGUGUGGCCCUGGGGCCCCAAGUGGCAGGUCGGGUGCAGACCAUGGCCUCCCGCCAGCUGCUGGUGGCGCCCCCGGAGGCACUGCGCAAGCCCCUCUGCACCCCUCACCGGCUGAUGCUGGGGCCGGGCCCCUCGAACCUGCCGCCCCGCGUGCUGGCGGCCGGCGGGCUACAGAUGAUCGGUCACAUGCACGAGGAGAUGUACCAGGUCAUGGACGAGAUCAAGCAAGGCAUCCAGUACGCCUUCCAGACCCGGAACGCCCUCACCCUGGCAGUCAGCGGCUCGGGACACUGCGCCCUGGAGACCGCCCUGUUCAACCUGCUGGAGCCAGGGGACGCCUUCCUGGUGGGAGCCAACGGCAUCUGGGGGCAGCGGGCUGCCGAGGUCGGCGAGCGCAUCGGAGCCCGAGUGCACCCGAUGAUCAAGGAUCCUGGAAGCCACUACACCCUGCAGGAGGUGGAGGAGUGCCUGGCCCAGCACAAGCCCGUGCUGCUGUUCCUGACCCACGGGGAGUCUUCCACAGGCGUGCUGCAGCCCCUCGAUGGCUUCGGGGAGCUCUGCCACAGGUACAAGUGCCUGCUCCUGGUGGACUCUGUGGCGUCCCUGGGCGGGGCCCCCAUCUACAUGGACCAGCAAGGCAUCGACGUCCUGUACUCCGGCUCCCAGAAGGCUCUGAACGCCCCUCCCGGGACGUCCCUCAUCUCCUUCAGUGACAAAGCCAAGAGCAAGAUCUAUGCCCGGAAGACAAAGCCCUUCUCCUUCUACAUGGACGUCCAGCUGCUGGCCAACAUCUGGGGCUGUGACGGCAAACCCAGGAUGUACCAUCACACCACACCUGUCAUCGGCAUUUUCGCCCUCAGAGAGAGCUUGGCCCUCCUGGUGGAGCAGGGCCUGGAGAAGAGCUGGCAGCGACAUCGUGAGGUCACCCAGUACCUGUACCGCCGCCUGCAGGAGCUGGGCCUGCAGCUCUUCGUCAAGGACCCGGCGCUGCGGCUGCCCACGGUUACCACGGUGCUCGUGCCGGCUGGCUACCGCUGGAGGGACAUCGUCAGCUAUGUCAUGGACCAUUUCAGCAUCGAGAUCACGGGUGGCCUGGGGCCCUCCGCGGGCCAGGUGCUGCGGAUCGGCCUGCUGGGCUGCAACGCCACCCGGGAGAACGUGGACCGCCUGGCAGCCGCCCUGAAACAAGCCCUGCAGCGCUGUGCCCAGAGCCGGCUGUGAGCGCCCCCUGCUGCCCAGCGCACAGCCUGUGAGGUCCCCGCACCUGCGCGCGGGGGCCCCAGAGCACACGGCCCUGUGGGCUCGCCUGGCCCCGGCCCUGGCUGUCACAGGCAUUUGGGGGUCUGAGCCAGUGCAUGGAAGCUCUCCGUCCAUCUGUCACUCUGCCUUUCAAAUGAAAGAAAGCUGAAAGAACA